CUGAGCGUACCCUGUGUCAGUGUUUACAGGAGGAUGUCAAACGCUUACGCGGACAGCCGCGCCGCCCUUCUGCCUUGAAAAUGGGGAAGUAUCCAUCAUUACCGUACCUGAUUUACCUUCUAAUUAUAACCUAUUGUGAGUUUUGUGUCGAAGCAGCUGAAAACCAAGAUGAACUCAAAGAACCGACCGUGGCCGUGGUGCUUUUAGCCCGAAACAAGGAACAUACCCUCCCCUACUUCUUGACUCUCUUCGAGCAGGUCAACUAUCCCAAGAAGAGAAUGGCCCUCUACAUCCGCUCGGACCACAACUCUGACCGAACCAUCCCCAUACUGGAGGAGUGGCUGGCCCACAACAAGCACAAGUACCAUUACACGGACAUUAAGCUGGACAAAGCAUCGCCCACCUCCUACCCCGGGGACGUGGAGGGGACGGAGUGGAGUGACGAAAGGUUCAGCCACGUUAUGGGGCUCAAGGAGGACCUGCUCAACAAGGCCAGGGACUCUUGGGCGGACGUUGUGUGGUUUUUAGACGUGGACGUGUUCUUAACCAACAAAGAUGUCCUACUGAAUAUGGUGAAUGAGGAGAAGGCGAUAGUGGCCCCGAUGCUGAACUCCCUAGCCACAUACAGUAAUUACUGGGGGGGGAUGACGGAGGACUACUGGUACACCCGCUCUGAUGACUAUAUACCCAUACUUGACCGCAAGCAGAAGGGUUGCUUUGAUGUCUCGAUGGUGCACUCCUGUGUCCUGGUAGACUUGACAAGGGUGGCCUCAGAUAACCUUACCUACAUCCCUAAGAAUCUCCCCGGCUACAAAGGCCCGCAUGAUGACAUUAUUGUCUUUGCCAUAUCAGCCAGAAAUGCAGGACUCCCCAUGCAUGUGUGUAAUACAGAGGUUUACGGGUUCAUACCUCCCCCUCUAGAAGAUGGUCAAGGCUUGAACAUUGACGUGAAGCAGCUCAUAAGUAUAAAGUUAGAAGUAUUGGUAGAGCAUCCUCCAUUGCCUGUAUCCAGCUCACUCACUAAGUUUGUUCCUCCUCUGCCCAAGAUUGACAACAUCGGCUUUGACCAAAUCUAUCUUAUCAACUUGGCAAGGAGAGUAGAACGAAGAGAUCGAAUGUUCCACUCUUUUGAAGAACUAGGACUCAAGGUGAAGCUGUUUGAAGCAGUGGAUGGGAAGAAGCUGAAUGACAGCUACCUGAAGGAGCUGGGUGUGAAACAAAUGGCAGGCUACAAGGAUCCCUGGUCCAAGCGAGACAUGACCUUCGGAGAAAUUGGAUGUUUCCUGAGCCAUUAUUUCCUCUGGGUCGACAUAGUGAAUAAUGGUUACAAAAAGGUAUUGCUGUUUGAGGAUGACAUUCGGUUUGAGCCAUACUUCAAAGAAAAGGUGGAGGUGAUGACAGAGGAAGCUGACAGAUUAUUGGAUUGGGACUUGAUUUAUCUUGGUCGUAAGAAAAUGAAAAGUGCAGAUGAGCCUUGGGUUGAGGACUCCGAGACACUGGUGUAUGUGGACUAUUCUUAUUGGACCCUGUGUUAUGCCAUUACACUGCAGGGGGCUAAGAAGCUCCUUGCUGCCCACCCACUCAACCAGUUGGUGCCAGUUGAUGAAUACAUCCCCAUUAUGUUCAACAAGCACCCAGAGACUGAUUGGAUGGAAAAGUAUCCAGUACGGAACCUGAAUGCCUAUUCAGUGGCCCCACUCUACGUGUUCCCGACGCACUACGUAGGCGAGGAUGGCUACAUUAGUGACACUGAAGAGUCGCCCAUCAUAGAGGAGGAUGCCGUAGCUCCCCCUACAAUGUCUCAUAGCUUGGGAGGGAAAGGUUUGGAGUUGGAGAUAGGUUUUAAUGGGCUAGCAAAAGACGAACUUUAGAUGAUAAUUUCUGUGUACAUACUAAAAUCAUACUUGUGACGGCUACUGAAAGUAUCCAGCUUUACACUUAAAUUCCUCCUUGUAGAUUUUGUAUGCAUCAGCUGCACUUAACUCAUUCUCAUUAGUGAUAUAGACUUGCCUUCAAGGCAUAUAGUCAAAAGGGGAGACUAAUCCAUCAAUUUAUUUUAUAAGAUGUGAACAUAUGAUGAUGUUUUUGUUUUCCUGAGGCAAGGUAUGGAGUUAAAAAGAGGUCAUGUAACCAUGUUCAAAGUACUGGAGAAAAAACAGUAAAUUCAUCAUCAUCUUGUAACAGUAGCUGCCUGCAUCCCUUGUUAUCUCUCAAAGCAUGUGAUAUAAACAGACGUGUAGGUAGUCCCAAUGUCUCAGGGAUUAGUAACUUUUUUGAUGGAUGGGGCACUUCAUUCCCCCCACAGUAAUGAGUUGUCGUAGGUCUUCACUCAACAAGGUAAGGUAUCCUUCUCCAGUUCUUAGAUACUGUAUUUGUAAUCAACUGAAUAUGUGAACACAAAAUUUGUCCACAAAUUGGCCCAGCAUUAUCUUACAGAGAUGCAGGACUAUUACACGCAAUGAGGAAGAACAGAGUGUAGUAAGGUAUGUCUUUUUAUGUUAAUUUAUUAAGGACUAUUUUUUUUUAUCUAUAACAUGACAAAAAUGACUUGCAUGCAUUUAGUUUGUCUAUUCAUCCUGACAAAUGAGCUUUAGCUUUAGCUUUAUGUAUCUGAAGCAAUAUUCAUAUUUUUCAUUCACAAGCUUUAGUUUAUACAUUUACUUAUCUCAUGUAAUAUUUAUCAAACUGGAUGUCUGGAAAGGGUUUAUAUUGUCAUUGUGAUUUGUUGUAUGAUAAGUUUUUGUGUGUACAGUAUUUUAUUUUCUUGUUUGAAGAGCAAACUUUUUUUGCUGUGGGUGCUUAUCACAUUUCCAGGAAGAUUCUAGUAAAUUAUUUUUAUCGUCACUGGACAAUGAUUGAACCAAAUAAGAAAUCUCCCAAGUGAUGGUAUAGAUACAUCAAUGUAGCUGCAAAGUUUGCUCUGAAAAAAAAAAAAUCUGUAAAAGUUUUUAGACUGUUUGGUGUUAAGAAGCAAAGCAUAUAAGUUUCCUUGGGCCUUGAAUUAAGAUGGAGUCACAAAGUUCUUACGAUAUUUGAGAUGUCCUAUUUUUAUAUUCUUGAUGGAGGACUUUUCUGCACAACAUACUGCAAGGGAAAACUCCCCAAGCUUAAGAUUCUAGUUUCAAAUAUCCCAUUUUAUGGUAGCCUAUUAAGUUUGAACUUCUCUAUUAUUUCAGAAAAAAAUAGGAACAUUGAAAUGUAUGUAUGUAUGUAUGU